AACCCUAGCCUGUUCAUCUCUAUCUACAAAGAAAACUCUCACGACAGAAAAACCUUAGCCGAAGGUCUCUCUCUCUCUCUCUCUCUCUCUCUCUCUCUCUCUCCCUAAACCAGCAAAGAGUUCGUUACAGAUAAACUCGAAUGAAGUUGACGGUUGAAAUCGGCGACGGUGAUGGCUAGGGAGAAGGAGACGACUGGGGACGGCGAAGGUACGUCUAUAACUGUGUCUGUGCACGUAAGAGGUCGUCGAUAAAGCGACGGCGACGAGGAGAAAACGGGGAGGCAACGGCGUCGGUUUUCUAAUUUGGUAUUUGGUUGGGUAGGUUUCGGAUUUUAUAAUUAUUACCUGGAUAAAUUUGGCAAAAAAACAGAACACCCCCUGAAUCAAGACGGCUACUAUUAUACUCAGCAAGAAGCUGUGGCUCACUGGGUUUAGUUUUCCAGAAGCAAGAAUGGCAAUGGCGUUCGCUACACCAACCAACACUUUCAAGAAACCCCCGUCUUAUUUCUGGUUUUGUCAUCCAUGCCCUCGUUCCCCUACUUCCAUAGUGACAUCUUCUUCUUGUCGGUCUAUGCGGAGUUCUGAUUCUAACAAGUCCCUUUACAGGUGGCAAGUUCAAAAUCUCCAUACUACAAAAGAUCGUUUUUGCAGUACUUCCAUGGCUCUUACUCCCUUUGGAUUCAACUCAUGGUCAAAUGUUAGUACCAUGUCCUUUGAUGAAAGCCGAAGAUAUGCGUACACAAGAAAUAAUCAAUCAUAUGCUGAUUUCAGGCUUCUUGUAGAAUCAAAAAGUGGCAAUUCAUAUGCUCGAAUGGUGCCACAUGGCAGUAAAGAUGGAAUCCAGGAAAACACUUGCAUCACACCUGUCUUGGACACUCAUCCACAAAACCUAUUCAGAAAAAAAGAUGAGAAACCACAAACAUGGAGUCAAGCAAGAGAAGUAUUAAAAGCCACUAAAGAAAACACAUAUUUUUCUAAUAAAGUCACCCUUGCUGUUCCUAAUGUACCUAAUGUACCCAGUGCUCAGUAUGCAGUAUCUGUCAUAACUGAGCCCUGUAAACAUGAGGAUAUACAAGGAGCUUUAAGAAAGGCUCAAACCUUGUCACCACCUCAAGGGCAAAAGCUUCCAGAAUUGAAGCAAAAGUUUUCAGAAGAUACACAUGUUAAUGUUGUCCCAAAAAAGGACUUGAAACUGGAGAAACCUAAGUUGGAGCAAACCAUGUCACCACCUCAAGGGCAAAAACGUCCAGAGUUGAAGCAAAAGUUUUCAGAAGAUACGCCUGUUAAUGGUGUCCAGAAAAAGGAACUGAAAUUGGAGAAACCUAAGUUGGAGGAUUUGAAUGAAACGUAUAUUGUUCCAUUAGAUUUUAAGGAGUAUUCUCAUUUACAGAAGAAGCUUACGAGCAUUUAUGACAAGGUUCUUGUAGUUGAUAACAUCUCCAUAGCCAAACAAGUUGUUGAAAAGCUUACAACUCAGUAUCGUCAUCUAGUCCAUGCAUGUGACACAGAGGUGGCUGCAAUUGAUGUGAAGCAGGAGACACCUGUUGAUCAUGGAGAGGUUAUAUGCUUCAGCAUUUAUUCAGGGCAUGAAGCUGAUUUUGGAAAUGGAAAAUCUUGUAUUUGGGUUGAUGUUCUUGAUGGUGGUGGUAAAAGCAUGUUGGAUAUAUUCUCACCUUUUUUUGAAGACCCAUUUAUUAAAAAGGUUUGGCACAACUAUAGCUUUGAUAACCAUGUUAUAGAGAAUUACGGUCUUACCCUUGGUGGUUUUCAUGCGGACACAAUGCAUAUGGCACGGUUAUGGGAUUCUUCUAGAAGAAUGUCGGGUGGGUAUUCUCUAGAAGCACUUACUAGUGAUUCAAAGGGAAUCAUGUCAGGAGCUAAUUUAGGUCCUAACGAAGAGUUAAUCGGGAAAGUAUCAAUGAAAACCAUUUUUGGGAGGAAAAAGCUGAAGAAAGAUGGUAAGGAGGGCAAAGUUGUCAUUAUUCCUCCCGUUGAAGAGCUUCAAAGGGUAGAACGGGAACCGUGGGUUUGUUACUCUGCUUUGGAUUCGAUAAGUACUCUCAAGCUUUAUGAGAGAUUGAAAAGUAAACUAUCGAAUAGGGAGUGGAAGUUUAAUGGGGUUACAAAGGGGACAUUGUUUGAUUUCUAUGAACAAUAUUGGCGUCCUUUUGGGGAGCUUUUGGUGAAGAUGGAAACCGAAGGGAUGCUGGUUGAUAGGGAUUAUUUGAUGGAAAUUGAGAAAGUGGCGAAAGUGGAACAACAGAUUGCUGCUGAUAGAUUUAGAAACUGGGCAUCAAAGCUGUGUGCAGAUGCUAAGUUUAUGAAUGUUGGAAGUGAUACACAGUUACGCCAGCUCUUUUUUGGUGGCAUUGAGAACAGCAAAGAUCAAAGUCAAUCUCUUCCAAUGGAGAAAGAGUUUAAAGUUCCAAAUGUUGACAACAUUAUUGAAGAAGGCAAAAAAACCGCGACUAAAUUCCGUAAAAUCAAACUGCAUGCGAUUUGUUCUGGUCUACAAACAGAAACAUACACAGCAUCCGGAUGGCCUUCUGUUUGUGGAGAUGCUUUGAAAACCCUUGCUGGAAAAAUAUCCAUGGAUUAUGAUUUUAUAGAUGAUGACAAUGCAGAGCUGGAUGAAAACACAACUGAUGAUUUUAUUGAGUUGUCCGAUAAAAAACCCGGAAAUUUCUCUAAAAUUUCUGAAAAUUCUUAUGGCACGGCUUAUGAGGCGUUUGGUGGGGGGUCUGAAGGACAGGAGGCUUGUCAUGCAAUUGCUGCAUUAUGUGAAGUUUGCUCUAUUGACUCGUUGAUUUCCAACUUCAUUCUUCCUUUACAGGGAAGUCAUAUAUCUGGUAGAAACGGGCGUAUUCAUUGUUCGUUGAAUAUCAACACAGAGACAGGACGUCUAUCUGCUAGGAGACCAAAUCUGCAGAAUCAACCUGCUUUAGAGAAGGAUAGAUACAAGAUUCGCCAGGCGUUUAUAGCAGCACCUGGGAAUUCUCUUAUCGUUGCUGAUUAUGGACAGUUGGAGCUUCGGAUUCUUGCACAUCUUGCAAACUGUAAGAGCAUGCUGGAUGCGUUUGAAGCUGGUGGGGAUUUUCAUUCAAGAACUGCAAUGAAUAUGUAUCCUUACAUUCGUGAAGCAAUUGAAAGUAAGCAAGUUCUUCUAGAAUGGCAUCCUCAAACUGGUCAAGAAACUCCACCUGUUCCUCUUCUAAAGGAUAUGUUUGCUUCUGAAAGGAGAAAAGCAAAGAUGCUUAAUUUUUCCAUUGCAUAUGGGAAAACUGCUGUUGGGCUGUCACGUGAUUGGAAGGUUUCGGUUAAUGAAGCAAGAGAAACGGUUGCGCGAUGGUAUGGAGGUAGAGAAGAAGUGCUGAGGUGGCAAGAAGCACGUAAAAAGGAAGCUCGCAGAAUUGGAUGUGUGUAUACGUUGUUAGGACGUGCACGCACUUUUCCGUCUACCAAAAAUGCCCCUCCAUCUCACAGAGGUCACAUUGAACGUGCUGCCAUUAAUACCCCUGUCCAGGGAAGUGCUGCUGAUGUUGCUAUGUGUGCCAUGUUGGAAAUAUCUAAGAAUGCUCGUUUGAGAGAGCUUGGGUGGAAGCUGCUUCUACAGGUUCAUGAUGAAGUGAUAUUGGAAGGGCCAACAGAGUCAGCAGAGAUUGCAAAAAAGAUAGUGGUGGAUUGCAUGUCAAAGCCUUUUGAUGGGAAGAACAUUCUCAAAGUUGGGCUAUCGGUUGAUGCUAAAUUUGCCAAGAACUGGUACUCUGCCAAAUAAGACGAGUGCCACCUGUCCCCAUGUUUUAGAGGUUGGAGUGUCUGCUCUGUGAAGUGGUUGAUGAUUGAUUGGUGAUGGAAGUUUUGCCUGCCUCUGUUGUGUUAAUUUUAUAUGACUCUUGAUUUUAGGUCCUGCUUCCUUGUAAAGUAGAAGUAGUUUUUGAGUGACUUUGCAAAAGAUUGAUUCAUGUGUAUUUGCUUUGUAUAUAUAGUUUUCUUAGGUCUUUAGGUGCUGCUGGUAAUACUUCUAUGUAACUUUGCAUUCUAUGAUUCUAAGUGUAAAAAAGAUGUUGAAGCCA